UAUACACAGUAUACCGUUAGUAUCCCAGAAUGUUGUUGUACACACAUCCCUAGCGGAGCUGUGAUAAGAAAACCGGGGAACAAUACUUAAUUAACGCUUCAAACGAGCCGACAGUUAAAGACUACAAUUCACUCGCAAAAGUGCUAACGGAAUUUCGACAACAUGGCAGAAAGUGCACCUGGCUCAUGUGUGUUUUCUUAAGACAGAAAGAACACAUGAGAGAAAGUGAAAACAAUCACCAUGUUGUAAGUGUUCAAGCAAACUGUGAAAACACAACCCCCGAUAGUUAAAACAACAACCUACCCGUAUAAACCACUUGAGUUGUUUAUAAAAAUAUGCCAGAACUUACCUGGUGUCAUAUACGAACGGACAGGAGUAAGGAAUUGACAUUGGACGUCACUAGUGAGAUUUAAAAAAAUAUUAUUGAGUAACUCAUGUACCUAACCAGACAGAAAAUGGAACUUUCAGCCGUAGUGUCGGAAUUUACUCGUCAGAAUGACAGGUCUGGCAUUUCACGGCGACUUUCGGAACACAAGGAAAUUCGGGGCGUUUCUAAAAGAAUGAAGUUUCGUCAGCUGAAUUUGAACCCGUUCCUCCGUGGCCGUUCAAAGUCCAAAAAGAAGAACGCCAAGAAAUCGGACCACCCCAAUCAAUCACCUAAAAAAGAUGACAUUGACCCUGUAAAUCAUGGUAUACAAUGUCGUAGCCCCGACAACAGUAGGAAAGACAAUGAACAUGUUCGAGUGAAAGAAUCAGAUAUUGUCGACCUUGACUUUGACUACAGUUCGUCCAAGGUCAUUCAACGGGGAGGUGAAAGUCAACUGGAUUUGAGUAUUGACAUUAAAUCUCAAUACCGGCUUCAGCUGGACGAUUAUUAUUAUCCAAUUGGAAACGAGGAAAGUGAAUUUCCAGAGGAGCGGUGUCAUUAUGACGUCAGAUCUGAUUUUAUCGGAUGUGACCAUUUCGUAGUUGAUGAAGAUGGAAACCAAUAUUCUAGCGGCGGCAGCCUCCCCGACAGAGCAAAUAUUGAUAUCGAUCCGUAUUCUAACACCAUACGUAAAGUCAGGUCUCGGAUCAAGACAAAUCCUUGGCUACCAUCACCAAAACUGAGCCCGUCAUCUCUCAAAGCUCCUUCUGAAGUUUUGAGCUCCUCUGAAGGAGAUUCCGGAAGUGAGGGUAACCCUGACGACAAGCUCGAUGAUUUGUACUGCGAAAAUGAGGACAAUUUUAAUGACAAGGAGAACGUGAUUGAACAGUUGGAGAGCCCACUAACAGUGACAACUGACGCUGACGUUAAAGCAUCAGUGCAAUGUCGACAUCAGCAGAAUGAUUUAAAUUACCGCUGGUCCAUAAUUUCUGAAGGUGACAUUGACUUGACAUCGCCCACGAUUGAAGCUCUCCGUGAAAGCUUUUCUAAUCUCGAGCAUAAAGUGAGCUUCGAAUACGAAGAUAAAGUUGAUUCUGUAUUGGAGGGUGAUGAAGCGGAUCCAAGAAGCCUCACGUGUCUCUCAAUAAACGAUCUCUUUGACGACAGUCUCAUCCAAUCGGAUGACUCCUCCAGUCUCCAGAGCUCCAUGACGAGUUCAGAAGAUAUUUCAAGUGUGGCUGAAAUGUCAUCUUCACGAGAAUCUAGUGUUAUGACGGAGUCAGAAGCCGGCGCUAACACCGAGUCGGAAAACGGAGACAAUUUUGAGGAUUUAUCUCCCUUGGACGGAGACCCUCUGUCUAACGAAAAUGCAUUCCAUGUUAAAAUGUGCAAUAUGGACGAUUCGAUUGAUGCGGGAUAUUCCAGUUUGAGCCGAGACAGCCGGAUGAGUUCUGAUUCUGACUCCGACAGUUACACAACGGAGAAAAAACUGCGGACCAUACGGUCAACAACAGACAUCAGAACAUUCUUCGAGGAGGAAGAAGAGGAGGAUGAAGAAAAAAAAGACAGCGAGGAAAAAGACCUCAACGAGGAAAGAACAACUACAGAUUCAUACGAAAAAUUUGCCAACGAUCUUCGAAAAUGUAACGCCCCUACAAGCAGAACCUUUUCUGAGGUUAGACUUAGUCUUGAGGAAAAAGUGAAACAGCUCCGACUGGAGAAAAUUAUUGUUGAGCAGAAAAUCCGGGAAGCGCAAGAAGCGGAGAAAAUCCGGCUCCAGGAAAAGCUUCGAUUCAAACAGCAAAUGUCGGAACAGAGGAAAGAGGUUCUGUUGCAGACACUCAACGGUCUGAAGGAGAGACUAGAGAACCAGUCCGAGCGCCUGGAGCAGAACUAUUCUGAAGUACUCGACAUGCAGGAGAAAUAUUCACGAAGACGUCAGCCAUUUCUGUUUGUUGCACCAAACCCGGUCUCAUCGUAAACCUUAUCUUUGCUAACAUUACACACGAAUGUGUCAUUGUAGGCGCGUUCUGUGUAAAAUGUAAAUCGACAACGUAAUGCCAGUCCCUGCUGCAAGAUUUUGUGAAACCGCGACAUCGUCAUUCGUGUUCCCGUUAUGACGUCACGGAAAUUUGUGUACAUCCAGUGCGUCAUCGUAAUUCGUGUUCCUGCUACACAAAUAUUGAACUAAGUGUAACAAUUUAUGCGUCAUCGUAUUCGUACUACACCACCUGGUAAAUGUGCACUUUUUUAGCGCGUCAUCGUAAUGUGUGUCCUGCUGACAAACCAAACAUUUGUGCUAUUUGUGAAUGGACACCGUUACUAACCAACAAAAGGAAUUACAUCACGUGCUCUUUUAUGACGUAAUUUGAUUUCCAAUUGGGUUAUUUAAUUUGUAUUUGAUACAAAUUACGAAUUUUAAAAGUUGGUAUAGUUACAAUUGUUCCAGUGUAUUGAAACACGUUUUAGGUGACUGGCCAUUUCAACGUGUUUCCGGUUGAGUCGUUUUCUACACAAGUGAGAUAACAGGUUGAUGAGGAGGAUAACAAUGGCAGCCAUCUUAAGAAACAUAUCCGUACGCCAGACAUUAUGUAUCGAAGACUGAUGGCUAACUCUCAAAUGAUGUCGCAGAAAGACACUGGAAAAGCACACCUUAUAUAGAUGAUAGAAUGUCACGUGAUAUUGUAAUGACUAUGACGCUUUAUAUGUUGGAGAAUUUUAUCUAUGUUUUUCAGUGAAACACGCAUGCGUACAAUGACGAACAAGUAAUUGAACACUUGGGAUUUUCUCGACCAUCAGCAAUUAUUUCGUGUAGUCCUUUUCGUGCAGAUUCUUGAUGGUAAAAGUAUUCAAUUUGUGAGUGCUUUCUGCUGUCAAGUGUCUGCUCGUCAAAAACUGCAACACUGAUUUGGCUACCAAAAAUAUUCCGCCUAAAAUCAACACGUUUUGUAUCUAUGAUACAGAAGCUAACCGAAGGGUAAAACAGCGUUCUGUUCCCUCGGGAGUUUACGUAGACAUAUAUUGUCUCGGUACGAGGUUAAAUGCGCCUGAGCCAAUUAAUGGAAUUAAUUCAGGCGAAAACUAGUGAAGAAUCUGGAGUAAUUUCUUAUGAAAUGUACUUUUCAGGAACUUACAUUGGUUCAGGUCUAAAUUUGAGGCUUUUCAAUUCAAAUUUGAGCGCAAACCUCGAAAUUACAAGGUGCCAAAGUUAAGUGACCAAAGGGUAAAAAUAACCCUCACCCGACUUAUUCUAACUAGUUUUUGAUAUGUUCGGGUGGUCACCUUUUCGAGGUGGACAGUUAUUGUCCACUACUAAAGCUGUAUGGUUGAGAUAUCCUCCAAACUUUUGAUGUUGUAGUGUUUAAUUUGCGUUUUAUGUUCGAAAACAUCUCCUAACACCUCAAAAUCCACAAUCAACUUGUCCGAUUACUUGGACAAGUUCAUUUUGGUUAGAGCGAUACAUGAGUUGAUGAUUGUUUCAUUUAGAUUGAAGUGCUCUGUUAUCAUAUUUAUAUUGUUUUGUUUUAUGUUUCUGUUUGGCGAAUCAAACGUAGAAGUGAUCAAGACCCCGAUUCAUCCUCGUCCUGAAAACUCUUUUGAAAGAAAGUAUAAUCAUGUAUGUCAACCUUUACAACAUCCUGUGUCAUUUGUUACACCAAAGAUUCCGUUUGACAUUCAAAACUGUCCUUUUCAACAGGAAGUUAGCCUCAAAGCUUAUCAAAGCCACUAUAUCAAGUUUCGACAAUGAAGUCGCGCUGAUAAAAACUUUGCAUCACAAAGCGAGCUGAAAUAAUUUGCAAAAUUUACAAAUUAAGAAGUGUUCAUUCAAAUGAAUAAAAUUAUUAUUGAAUUAAGAAUAACGUAAAAAAUGGUUUCACUUGAGCUCAUUAUGUUAGCAAACUAUCCCUAUUUAUAAGAUUGACAUUUAUUACUUCAACGGUUGAACGAUGUUUUGAUUAUUAUGGGUAUAAUUAGUGCUCUUUGUUAAUUUAUUUUGUAAAUAAUAAGUUUGUAUAUGUUAUUGAAGUACAUCUUGUUUGUGUCAUAAUUUAACUUCGACAAGUUUCUCUCAAGAUACUGAAUCCAAUCUGAGUUAUUUUGGAAAGAUAAAUCCAUUUCCUAUGUAUUCGACGAUUUUUCACGAUUACCUGAAAAAGAAUUGUUCGGAAUGUAAAUGUAAAUAUCUGAAAAUGAAAUUAACAUCCUUUUAACGUUACCGUGUCUACUUUAAAUUUCAUCGAAAUAAAUUAGUUUUAUUUCUAAUC